CUACCCUCGGCAAGGCCGGUCAGUUCUCGCCCGUCCGGGGAAUACGGGCAGUCGUUCGUGGGAUUGUAUCUUGCUUUCCGUAUUCCGGUCAUUGUCGUCUGUUCGGCGGCACAAACGCGUCCCGGAAAACAAAUGUCACGAUGACGAGAAUGGCUUAAAAAGGCUUGAAAUAGAAUAGAAGAAGAGAUUUAUGACAAGUGUACACGAAACGCGUACUCGAACGCAGUGGGGUGUCUCCCAUGCCUGUCGGGGGUUGCGUUCAUGGUCUCGCUGGUGUCAUUGAUGGGUAAAAGUGUCCUCGCCGAGGGAGGAGUGACAAUAUACACAGUAAAACCUAGGGUAAAACUAAAGGAACAUUUUAAAAGUGAAAGAGUGAAGAAAUCAGAGACAAUAAAAAAGGCGAAAAAACUAUAAAAAGUAGAAAAAUAAACAGUUCGUUUGAUGUUUGUACAAGCAGAAAACCGUAACACUCCAAAAAGAGUAUCAAGAAAAUCGAGAACGCGCUGUUACGAGGACGAGGAGCACUCUACAUGAAACGGUCUUACAAUCCCGCCGACCCUUAAUGUCUCCAUCGUGAACCCUUGGUGAGCCACCCUGCGUGCGAGCGCGCAGUCCUGCAGGAUUGGGAUCGACGUAGUGAGAACGAGGGGAAGGUUGAAGAAGGACAAGAAUAAGGGUGGAUAAGAUGGUAGUGCCGGACGUGGAGCAAGCCAAAAGGCGACUUCAGGACAUAUUGAGACGGGCGCAGAAACUGGAGAUACCGACGCAGGAAGUGAUCUCGACAAGGACGGCGCGUAAAUUACUCGCCAGGACACGCAACAUCUUGACAUGGACCAUCUGGAUCAGCGUGUUCGUUAUCCUGCUCAGCGGCGUCGUCUACGCGCGUUGGCCCACACGGCCCACACGACAGGACGUGGAAACCGUAAGGACCGUCCUGAGGCGAACACAAGCGAGAACUGGACUACUUCAAUGUGGAACUGCAUUCAACGCGAUGAGACUAAAAGGGCUGAACAAGAAAAUCGUUUUAUAUUACGGCUCGCCGCCGCCAUUCCAGUGUAAUAGGAAACAACAGGAUCUAAUUAUAAAUGUAAUGUGCCGCGCGCAAGUCGGCAUCUUGGUAUUCUAGAAUAUGAUGUUUACGUCUUACAAAAAUAAAAUAAUUCAACUCUGUCAAAAAUCUUCUUUCGAUUCUCAUUUUUCAGGCAUUUUUAAAACAAACAUUUUUCUUAGAAUUUUUCGUAAGUUCAUCUUAUCUUGUACCAACACAACGUGAAGAAACAUUUUAGACGUAUCAUGCUACUGUUUGACAAUUAAUGCCUCGUCUUGUUAAGAGUUAAACGUUCCGAUGUUUAUCUUUAGAAAACAGGAUAUUGCUUCUAUCUAUAGUAUAAAAGCUUUAUACUAUAUAUUUUAAGCUUUAUACUCUUUAUAUAGGAUCGCAUAUGCGUCUGUAUAUAGAACAGAUACUACAUAAUUAGAUCUAUUAGAGAUUUCUCCAUUAUCCAAAAUAGAAAAGCACGUUUCGAUAUUAUUUUGGUAUUGCAGCUCUAUAUUGACCCACAUAUAUCAAUCUGAAUUCUGUCGACUAAUUCAGCGUAUUAUUAUUUUCGAUGUCCUCGAUUUCAAUUAUUUUACUGUUCGCAUUACCAUUGCAAACGGAUAACGUUCAGAUCUAAUGGCGAAUUCGAUUGGAUGCACUAGUGUGCACUGAGUACAUACUAAGGCUUGGUUACAAUCAAUUUUUAUAAGAAGAAACAUAAGAAUAUAAAUAUAAAAAUUGACUGUAAACAAGCCUUGGUGUGCACUCAGUGCGCACUAGUGUAUCCAAUCGAAUUCGCCAUAAGUAUACUCGUCUCGACAUAACCCAUUCCUAUAAAUUCCACGGUAUCUUGCAAAACUUUCAUGGCGAAAUCUUAUAUAGACAUAUCACAACGUUAAUUUGAUUUGCGAAAAGAUUCGAAUUCCGAAAAAUUUUACUAUCGACGAGAAACAGUAGACGCGACCGAUGCACAAUGCAAUACGUGAUAUUUAUGUAUAAAACUUUUGUUGUAGUGCAUACGCGAAAAAAAUCGCUGCACUUUGUUUUUUUCAGGUAAUUGCUUUUCUAGAGAAAAAACCGUCACGUCAUCUGUCCAUCCUGUUGUUUUCAAUAUUUACAUACGCGCUUGUCGCAUCGUGCGCGCAAAUCGCAUUGUCGAUUUCGAUUUUGCUUUUUUCUCUGUCGAACUUACAUAUUGACAAAAAAGAAAAAUUGAACUCCGCGAGUUCGUGAGGAGAAUUUUUUGAAUGUGAUAUGCGUUGACCAAAUCGAGAGUUUGAACUAAAAAUCUGAACUUCAGAUUUGUAUAAAUGGAAUAAUAAAAGUUUUACAUUGUCACUUACCGAUCGAUGAUUAUUUCUUAGGAGCGUCUCAAAAUUAUCAAAUCUGAAACAAAAGUUAAUAUUGAUGAAUUAAUCAAUAAAUUUCAAAUUAUUUGUUACUGAAACGAAAACAAAGUUAUUAAAGUUUAUGAUUUAAUCAGUAGUGUUAAUGUUUUGUUUUUUUGUAUGCGUAAGUUAUGAAUAAGGAUUUGUAUUUUUAAACAUUUUAGUUAUAUAAAAAUUAUCCAAAAAUUAUUAUUUUUUUAUAUUACUGUUGUAUAUAUGUGUUAUCAUACUCUCUAUUAUAAUACUAUUGUAUCUCGUUAAAAAUUUGUUCAAAAUAAACGUUUUUAUGAUUUCCACAUAAAUAUCAUCUUUUCAAUUGAUUAAACUAAUCGAAUCUGAGAAGCUAUUUAAGUUUCAACUUUGCAUUUUUGUGUAUUUCCUCUCAUUCAUUCAUUUGCGUGACAUGUACAGGAUAAAUCUGAUGAAAUUUAAUUUUAUUUAAAAUAUUCUGAUCGCCAAUGAGAUAAUAAAUACAAAAUAUAAUGAGGAAAGGAGAAAGGAUCGGUCGUGAGAAGCAAAAAGAAAACAACCAGGCAGCAAAGAGGACGAAGACAUCGUCUGUAAGAAGAUGUAUCUUUAAUGACGACGAGCGGCCUAUAUUCAGUUGUCGGGUUCGUUUUCUGCUGUCACGGAUGCCGUGCGAUGUGCUGGCGUACAAGAUAAAUGGCGGAUAAAAAGGUACCGUCGCUGUGUACCAUGCUGUACCGACCUCUUUCCUAUAAAAGCGGAGAUCGGCCGCCCCUUCAACCCUUCCCUCGUUUCCCUAAAACUUUCAGCCAGGCUUUACUCGCCUCUCGAUAAACACUAAUUGCAACCGCUUAUUAAAUUGCUUCAAGCUUUUCGCCGACCGAUCGUAAUUAUAAAAAAUCUUAAUGGCAUUGGCAUUUCUAUCAUUAGUUUUAUUACGUAAUAACAUUCGACACCUAAUAUUCAAUUCUCAUUACAUUGAAAUGUUCAGGAAUGCUAAUUUGCAUGCUAAACUAUAAUAAGUAUAUUUUUUUAAUGUUGGAUUUAUACAUGAUGAAAAUAUCUACACGUGAGGAUGUAGCUAUAUAAUUUUAUUUUAAUACUUGUAUUAAAAGCAGAAAAUUCUGCUUGAAGCAUUUUUUAUUCUGGCACUUUAAAACGAAAAAAUUCGCACGAGAUGUACCAGUAGGAAUUAAUUUUAUUGUGGCAAUAUUCGCACGUUUCGGAAGCGUGCAUGGAGCGCGCGGUCUAUCUAGGUGAAUUUUGAUAGCAAAGAAGGCGCAGCAAGCCAAUCCAGCCGUUGCGUGACCGCAACCACUUCGGGAAUACCAGUGCAAUACUAUUCAAAACCCCGGGACACAGGUGCUCCAGCACCGCUUCCGUGCCAUUGAAUUGGCUACGACUAUCGUGCGACUAUUUGCACGAUGUCGUGCAAUUUGUACACACGCGUGCGUUUGGAAGCCUCGGAAGAAUGCCGCUGGAAAUACUUCGUAAAAUACAUCUCUUUUGUUUCUGUUUAAACAAGAGAAAUUUAAUCCUUUGUUGUUUCGCAAAUAAAAAAUUAUUCGUAUCUCGAAUAAGAAAAUUGGACACAAAAUAUCAUUAAAAAUAAUUAAUUGAAAAUUUCAUAAAUGACAAAAGAGGCAACAGUUCCGGCAUUUAGAUUAAUCUUUCGUGCAAUUAGAUCAGAUUUAUUCAGAUUUUGCGUAUCUCGCGAAUAUGAAUAAAUCAAUAAUCCAAACUGCAACGCCACUUGCGUGUGUCAACAGUACAUAAAUUGUAUUAUAACAUUGCAGUGUAACAGUGCAGCAAACUUUUCACGUGAGCGAUACUUUAAUCUCGGCCAAAUUAAUCAACCAACCGAUCUGAUCGGCAGUGAAUUACGAUCCAGCUUGUGGAUUCGUGCUGAGGCCGAGGUCGUGACCAUUACAAAAUUCGCUUGCCUUUUCCACGACGUGGAAAAAGCAGCAUCCGUCUGAUCUUUUCUCGCCGACAUUGAUGGACGAGACGAUGAUUGGUAUUCGGGGUUCGAACGGUGAAAUAAAGUACCGCCCCUAAGUCUGAUCCUGAUGUAGUACUAUCCCUUCCGAGGUUUAGCAAUUUCGUUUCGGAAAAGUGGGACAUCCGAGAACGCGUCAUCGGAAAACGUCCGAGUCGAAUGGUAUAAAGAUACUGAAAAUAAUCUUUUUAUAGAUAUAAAUAAGGCAUUUUCUAGAUACAGAAAUACGUUGAAUUUUUAUAUACUUAUCUGUUUCGUGCGUUUUAUGAAGAUAAAUAAAUUGUAUAAUGAUAAAAAUGUGUCCACGAAACGAUCGACUCCAAUAAAAAUUUUCUUCGAGUAACUUGGACCCUAUAAAAUGAAUAUUCUUCAACACGACGUUCGAUUACACCUUUUCCCACGGACGACAAAAAGAAGGAGCCAACGACAAGAAACGGAAAGGCGGAACGAACGAACGAGCGAAGCGUACGCGAAAGUUCGCAAAGCCGAGGAAUUUCCGGGCGUCCCCGCGCGUGCACUUUGCUCGCAGCCGCGCUACUUUUCCACGGAGAAAGAACGGGGGAGGUGAUUCGCCACCGUCAAAAACCGCUUCCCGUCUUUUCUUCUCAGGCGAAUAAACCGCGUCGCACGUACGGCGAAUUCGCGAUGGAGAAAAAAAAGGAGCGCGCACUAUGAAAAGGGAACAUUUUGGUUAAAGGAUUUUCUUUUCACCCUCGCUGUUAUUCACGGAGUGUAAUAUCCAUUUCAUCCUCUCGCCGAAACCCAUCGCGUAUCUUCUGCUGUCGCGUGUACUUUUAAUGUUCAUAUUGCCACUUUUGCCUAAUAUGAUAAUGGUGCAUUAAGCACACUCAAACUCCAUUUUUCUCUCGAUCUUUCUCCAUUCGUCAUGCAGAUCGCGAUAAGAUAUCUAAAAAUGUUGAUAUUUUUUCAGUGAUAAUGAUUGAAUAAAUAAUAGUCAAAAGUUAAUAUUUCUUUUUUUAAUAAUAUUACAGAUAUUAUUGCAUAUUCUCUGUAGCUUUCUCUGUACCAUUAUUAUGUAAUAUUUGUUAUAUAUAAUAUAUUACUAUUUUAGUGUUUGUUUAAUAACGUUUGUAACAUGUUUGUAAGAUUUAAUUAUUUUUAUUUUUUAUGUAGAUACAUUAAAUAUAUUUUAUGUAUGAAUUUAAAAAGUUUUAUCUUUAAUUUUAAUCUUGAAGUUUAAUCUUUAAUUUUUCGAAUUUUGAAACUUGACAUCACGAAUCGAUUAUGUCACUCAAAACAAAAGGUGCGAUAUAACAACCCUCGUUACAAGAGGAUUUAAAAUUAAGACACAAAUUCAAGAAUUUUUUGAUGACACGUACUAUAGCUACCCAGUUUCGAGGGACUCCUAAGCACAUCCAGAAGGGUGGAAAGUAUUAAUUUGAGCCUUUGACUUGGGGAGCAAGAAUCAAGGGCAUGGAAGUAAAAUAUUGAAAUUCUUCUCCCUUGUGACAUUUCAAAAGGCAAGCCUAUUUUAUCGAAAGUUCGAAAUAAUUAUUAUUACUAUUACAAAAUUCACGUAUCAUUAUUUAUUAGCAAAAUUAUAUAAUGAUAUAAUAAUUAUAUAAAAUAUAGUGGUGUAUGUGUAUAAUUAGUUAUUAUUAAUUUACAACAGAUUUUCGUGCCUGUAUUAUUGUUCUCGCUUUUCACUUCUAAUAAAAAUCUUUGGUAAAUACAGGAAUUCCUAAUGUAUAAAUUCACAUUAAGUCAAACACUGGAGACAAAAGUGAAUAGAGCGAACAAAGACAAAUAAAGUUCAGCGUUUCCAGUUUUACUGAUAAAAGUAAAAAAA